AUGCCAUUCGGAGGUUAUGAAAACAAUGCUGAAGACUUUGCCCGUAUGGAGAGUGACUCUGUCGUCCGCUUUUCUAGCAAGACAAGCGGUGACUUGGAUGGCGUGAAUAUUGUACUAGCAGGUGAUUGCGCUCCCUCUAGUAUUGUCGUUGCAGGAUCUUUGGGCGGCUAUGUCAAAGUAGGCGAUGUAUUAGCGGGGAACCCACACAAAGCUCAGCCUACUUUUGAGCUCACAACCUCUUGGAAGGAGGCCGAACGUGAAAAUGGAAGCAAGAUUGAUAUUCGGGGCGGUGCCGAACUCUUUGUCCGAGUCGAGGCCAUUCCAGUGGUCGAGCUUCCACGCCGAGUGCAAGGCAGAGCCGCACUGCGACCUCUGCGAAAGGGAACACACGGCGUGUACUUUGUGGGCCGUGAAUGGAGCGGAGAGAAGGUUGUGACAAGCCCGAUCUUUUUGAACCACACCUAA